AUGGCUCUGUGCGCGCGCAAAAACGGGGGUGCAAAUGCUUCGCGCGUUCAUAAGGACAAACGUAAGUGUUUGGACGAUUUCAUGCCCGCGCAAACACACCGUUCAGAUGAGAUAACGUAUCGCCUUCCUGCGUACACCUAUACGCAGAAGUUGGAAGAUUAUGCGCACUUUAAGGACCCUGGAAGGAUCGCAACUGCUAUGUGGAGGGAUUACGUAGACAACAGCGGGCAAUCCGGUGCGAAACUUAACCGACCGCUGCGUCACUACCCUGCACACCAUUACAGGCGUGAAAUAGGGCAGAAGAUUGGAUUGCAACGCAAGGAAGCUCGGCUACGGAAUGUUCUUAGAGCCUCCACCAUGGCAAGUGCCAAAAAUGACGUCAAGGCUCUGAACUAUACACACCAGCCUGUUGUCUUAGAUGCCUUAAAACAUUAUGAGGUGUGGCGAAAUUUGUCUCUGGCAAGGCAAACAUCGCAGCAGUAA